AUGAAACCUAAACCAUUCAGUUUUAAAACACGGUUCCUGAGUUUCGUGAGAGGAAUUUUAGAUGCCUUAACGGGCGUGUUGUUCAAAUUGUACUACGGGACAAAGGUACGUGUUUCACCACCGAUAAAAGAGGAUAUUCUGAAACAACCGGCGAUUGAAGUUGCCAGAAAAAUAAGGAAUAAAGAGGUAUCCAGUGAAGAGGUUUUGAACAUUUGCAUACAAAGGAUAAAAGAAACAAAUAUAAUCACCAAUUAUUUUAUCGAAGAUCGGUUUAAAUUGGCUUUUAAGGAAGCGAAGGAUGCCGACGACCUUAUUAGAAACGGUUUCUUGUCAACCAGAUAUUUAGCACGAAAGAAACCUUUAUUAGGUGUACCGUUUACUACGAAGGACAGUAUUGGCGUGGAUGGACUUCAUAUGGCUGUUGGUGUUACAUCAAGAAAAUAUUGCAUAGCCGCGAAAGACGCUGAAGUGAUACAAUUGUUGAAAAAAAGUGGUGCAAUCAUCAUUGGAUUAACAAAUGUUCCAGAACUUUGCAUGUGGUAUGAAACCCACAACCAUUUGUAUGGUAGGACACUUAAUCCAUUCAAUACUACCCGUAUAGUUGGCGGGUCAUCGGGAGGUGAAGGUGUCAUACAAGCAGUUGGAGGCAGUAUAUUUGGAAUAGGCUCUGACAUAGGUGGUUCCAUUCGUAUGCCUGCUUUCUUUAAUGGGAUAUUUGGACACAAGCCCACGCGUCGUGCAGUGUCUAAUAUAGGACAAUAUCCUGAUAUCCACGAUGAUGCUACUAACUUAUAUUUAUGUGUUGGUCCCAUGACUAGAUAUGCUGUUGACUUAAAGCACAUUCAAAAGGUCAUAUCCGGGGAUUACGCAAAAAAUCUAAAUCUGGAAAAAACUGUGGACAUUAAAAAACUUAAUGUUUUUUAUCAGUUUAGUAAUGGUGCCCCGAUGAUGAGUGAUGUAGAUCCAGAAAUAAAAGAAGCAUUGCUAAAAGUUGUGAAACACUUCGAAUUGAAAUAUAAUAUCGCUGCUGAAGAAAAGAAAAUCGACUGGCUGAAACGAUCAUCACAGAUAUGGUUACAAACAUCGAAAACCGACAAAUCCUUCGCAGCUUAUAUUUUCAACAAUCCCAGCUUAGCCGCAAUUGCCAUAGAGAUAUUCAAAAAUAUCCUAGGCUUAUCAGGAAAUACUUUGGCAGCUCUUUUGGUAGCGUUAAGUGAUCGCCAAAAAUUUAAUCCUGAUAGUGAUAAACAUAAAUAUUUUAUGGAAGCUCGUGAUCAUUUAGAAGAGUUAUUUAAGAACAUGCUUAAGGAAAAUGGCGUAUUUCUGUUUCCUACACAUCCAGUGCCAGCGCCCUAUCAUAACCAGCCUCUGAUAAGGUCUUUGAAUUUUAUGUACACAGCUAUAAUAAACAGUCUGGGCUUCCCUGCAACGGCUAUACCUCUGGGACUUAACAAAGACGGUUUACCCAUAGGGAUUCAAGUAGUAGCCAAUAUAAAUAAUGACAGGCUAUGCUUCGCAGUAGCAGAAGAGUUAGAAAAUGCAUUCGGAGGUUGGAUAGAACCUAAUGGCGGAUAA